AUGUUUAAUUUUUUAAAAACCAACAUUGACUUAUCACUUUUGGAACAAAUUUGUUUAAGAUGUAUGUUAACUAUUGAACGUUUGAACAAAAUUUUAGAUGACUUUGCAAAUCGUGAGAAGAAUGAACAAUUGAUUACCUUGGAAAUUGAGACUUUUAUCAAGGAAAAAAUUUCGUGUAAUGACCGGGCUAUAAAAUACUGGCAACAACGAUAUGAUGAAGAAAUGCAAAUGUAUAAGACAAAAAAUGGAACUUUAGAGGAAGGUCUUAAAGCAAAGCAAGAAACUCUAAAGCAAUUAGAGACUACGUAUGCAGACAGACAAGCUUUUAUUGACAAAUAUCUUAAAGAAAAGGAACUGAAUCGCAUUCAAAGAGAACGUGAAGAAUAUAAACAAAAAUGUAUAAUUAAAAUUCAAUCCUGGUGGCGUGGGACAAUGGUGAGGAAAAAAUUGGGUCCUUACCGGUUAGAUGAUAAAAAGAAAAAACGUCCAAAUAAACCCAAAAAGUAAAA